CGGUUUCUAAAACGACGGCGGCGAAAGGAAUAAAGAGAAGUCUCAGACACAGACAGAACAGCAAAGGAGGAACAAACAUAACAACGAAGAAGUUUCAAAAAUCUACUUUUCAAACGUAUACUUUCCUUAAAUUAAGAUCUUUGUUAAUCCACUUUUCUCUACAAAGUUAGAUCCGAAUGAUUACUAUGUUGAGAGACAAGGCGAGUCUCUGUGUUCUCCUCUUCUCAAUCUUACUCCUUUUCAAGGGUUCGUUUGGAUCUGAAUCAAGCAAGGAAGCUUACGUGACACUCUUAUACGGCGAUGAGUUCUUAUUAGGAGUCAGAGUAUUAGGCAAAUCGAUUCGAGACACUGGAUCCGACAAAGACAUGGUCGCUUUGGUCUCUGAUGGCGUCUCAGAUUACUCCAAGAAGCUACUCAAGGCUGAUGGAUGGAAAGUGGAGAAGAUCAGUUUACUAGCGAACCCAAACCAAGUUCAUCCGACAAGGUUCUGGGGUGUUUACACAAAGCUCAAGAUCUUUAACAUGACAGAUUACAAGAAAGUUGUGUAUCUUGAUGCUGAUACUAUUGUGGUAAAGAACAUUGAUGAUCUGUUCAAAUGCUCGAAGUUUUGCGCAAACUUGAAGCACUCCGAGAGGUUGAACUCUGGUGUCAUGGUUGUUGAACCGUCCGAAGCUCUUUUUAGUGACAUGAUGAGAAAAGUGAAGACUUUGUCGUCUUACACCGGAGGAGACCAAGGGUUCUUGAAUUCCUACUAUCCAGAUUUUCAAAAUGCUCGUGUUUUUGAUCCUAGUUUAAGCCCUGAAGCGUUGAAAGCUAGACCAGUUCCUGAUAUGGAGAGGCUUUCGACGUUAUAUAAUGCUGAUGUUGGUCUUUAUAUGCUUGCUAAUAAGUGGAUGGUUGAUGAGAGUAAACUUCAUGUGAUUCAUUACACUCUUGGCCCUCUCAAGCCUUGGGACUGGUGGACAGCGUGGCUUGUGAAGCCUGUUGAUGCCUGGCAUAGCAUUAGGGUAAAGCUUGAGGAAACUCUUCCUGGAACUGGAGGUGGCAAAAACCAAAACGAUGAACUCGUCGUCAAGCUACUCUUCUUGUUACCUCUUUGUGCGCUUUUGUUCUGCAUUUACCGAUCCAUUCAGGGUUAUGAGGGGUCACUGUGCAGUCAAUUUAGAUAUCUUUAUUACAAAAUUAGAUCUAAUAGAACACUUGGUUAUAAUUCUACAUUUUCCACCAUGAAUCCUAGCCAUCAACUCCAUAGUGGCAACUCACAGUCAAAGGUUCCUCAGCACUUAGGCGCGGUUUCAGUUGUAGUCUGUUUCACCGCCCUUCUGAUAUCCGUUGGAGUUUCCUUUCUGAUUGUGCCUAGGCAAAUCAUGCCGUGGACUGGGUUGAUCUUGGUGUACGAAUGGACGUUUACAAUCUUCUUUCUUUUGUUUGGUUGCUUCUUGCUUUUGGUGCAUCAACAUGGAAAGAAAAUGGCAGUUUAUACAGAAUCAUCCACCUUGGAUGGUUCCGGAAAAGGUCAUCAGCGAGGAGGUGUGUCUUGUGACGUGACUACAUUGUAUUAUGGAUUAGGGAUGGUGUUUCUAGCUAUUGCUGCUGUUUCUUUGCCUUAUAUAUUAGGGAUCACCGCUUUAUUCGUGAGGUUGGGUCUAAUGGUGGGUGUAGCCAUAGUUUCAGCUGCCUACAUGACUUAUGCUUCAGAGCACCUAGCCAUCAGAUGGUUCUUGAAAGGUUUAGAAGACCGUCUUGAAACAUCAAGAUCAAAGUCCAUAUGUUUCAUGUGCUGACACCACAAAAGGCAGUCACCUGAGAAAAAUGUGUCACCAUUGUAACUUGCAGAAUCAAACAGAGCCAUAUGAUUUGAGUUUUUGUAGUUAUGUCUUAAGAUUGUUAUAGAUUCUUGUAGCUUUGUUCUUUCUUUAUCACCAUGUCCCACUGUCUCCUCUCUUUACUCACAUUUGUACAGAUCAUUAAUACUGUGAAGAAUUCUUUUCUUUGCUAACAUUUGUACAGAUCACUGCUUGAUUA